AUGAUUUCCAGUUUGCUUGAUUUACAUUCUGUGGAUUUGGAAGAUUUUAAAUUCGGUAACACAAAGAUUACAUCUUUCCGAUUGGUAGAUGUGGUCAGUCCUGAACUGCAGGAUCUAAUGUCUCAAUGGACUCAAUCUGCCUCUAAAAUAGGCAAAAAGCAUUUAUUGCCUCCAAAACAUAUUCUGACUGAAUCGGCUCUUAUAUACGAUGGCGUGAAACUGUUGGCCACAGCUCUUCAGGACUUAGAUCAAAGUCAAUCAGUGGAUGGCAUACAACCCAUUUCGUGUGAAAGUGGAAAUCCAUGGCUUUAUGGCAGCUCUUUAAUCAAUUACAUGAGACCCGUAUGUAUUCCACGAAUACGCUCUACAGGAAUCACAGGACUCGUGGGUUUCGAUCAGUCGGGCUAUCGAUCGAGUUUUGCAUUGGAUGUCAUGACUAUCACAACUGACGGACUCCAAAAAAUCGGGUAUUGGACACAAAGUGGUCAGUCAAACGGCACGAGUAGUUUGCAUAUAAACUCUGAAAUGAUGAGCCAUUACUCGGCCAUAUCGAUGAAGAACGUGAUGCUGACGGUGACGACCGUCAUCUCAGAGCCGUACACAAUGUUCAAAGACAGCGCCGAAACCCGUAUCGGAAACGAACAGUUCGAGGGAUUCGCCGUCGAUCUCAUCGAAGAGUUAUCCAAAAUAAUGGGUUUUAAUUAUCGCUUUAAAUUGGUUUCCGACGGCGCCUAUGGUAUCAAAGAUGAGGAAAGCGGUGAAUGGAAUGGCAUGAUUGGCGAAUUAAUCAGGAAUGAGGCCGACAUCGCUAUAGUAGACCUCACCAUAACAUUCAAACGUGAAGAGGCCGUCGACUUUACUCAACCCUUUAUGAACACAGGAAUCAGCAUUUUAUUUAAAAAGCCCACCACUAAAGUGACGACACUCUUCUCCUUCCUCUCUCCCUUUCAAAAUAUAGUUUGGAUUUAUGUUUUGGGCGCUUAUAUUAGUGUCUCCACUAUAUUAUUCAUUGUGGGCCGACUCACACCAUAUGAAUGGGAUGAUCCGCACCCCUGCAGACAAGGAGAUAAUGUACUCGAAAAUAAUUUCAGUUUAAUUAAUAGCUUUUCAUUCACUAUCGGCACCAUGAUGCAACAAGGCUCAGCUGUCGCACCCAAGUUAGCGCACACUACACUCACUAUUCUCUCUCUCUCUCUCUCUCUC